GACCUUUUGCUUUACCCCGUAUAAUCCGCUUUAGUUUACAGCUUUGCCAAAUUAAAAUAUGAAACAUAGGACAAUCAUAUUUGAAAAAUGUUUGAAAACACCUAUAUCUGAUUUGAUAUAUGAUAGAAAUUAAUGGAAAUAGGUCGGAAAAAAGGAGGGGGAAUAAGAAAAAAAGCGAAAGCUUCACCGACAAUGCUUUAUGAAUAGAUGCUGCUAUGUUGGGUUAAUAAUACUUAUUAGCUAAGCAGGGUUGCUGUUGAUCCAAGAGAAGAAUAAGGAAGUCUUAUAAAGUGUUGGGUCGAAGAAGGGAAGGCGAAGGGAAGGCAGGUAGGAAUGAAGGGCGGAACCAUUUGUUUCUGCAUCCCUGCGGGGCGGAAGGACAAGUAUGAAGAUGAGUCCUCCAGCGGGAAGUCUUCUGGGCGGAAGUCUCACAAGAAGGCCAAGAAAAGAGGGAAUGCUCAUGUGGGCGGCGAUGAUGAGGAAGGCCAUGCUGACUCCGCCCAUGGUGGGGCUGCCAAUUCUAGCGGUGCCGACGCCGGCAUGCCUGUUGCGGCGAUCACCGUGGCCCAAAUGAGCAGCGGUGAUGGUAAUGGUCACGGCGGAGGAGGUGAUGGUGGUUGAUGAUGAUCCUCAUGAUAUGCACUAUUCUUUUUCUACGCGAGCUUGGUUUGUUAGGUUUGUUGUUCAUCAAACACUUCCGAUCAUCGACCCCACAAGCGAUGUAUGACAUCAUGUGUUUGGAAUAAUUGAGGUCGAUAAUAUGUACAAUUAUUGAGUUGAGUAAGGGGUCCUUCCUUUCCGUGGUCUUUUUCGUUUUCUUUUCAAUGUUUGGAACUGUGGAAUUGUCCUUUGAUUGUUUUCUUUCACCUUUUGUGUCUCCUCCUAUGUAUUGAAAGAUUAGUGUUUAAUGUUUAUCACUUCAUUGGCAUUA